GGUUUUGAUUUCAAGAAUCACAAUGUUACAAGAUGAUGGUUCAUCAUCAGUGACUUCAUCAUCACCACUUCAAAAUUUCCCAAUGAUGUCACUUUCACCUAAUUUUGGUGGUUCACCAUAUCAAUGGCUUAAUGAUUUGAAAUCUGAGGAUAGAGGUUUAUAUCUAAUUCACCUUUUGCUUACUUGUGCUAAUCAUGUAGCUAUUGGAAAUCUUGAAAAUGCUAACAUAGCACUUGAUCAAAUUUCCCAUCUUGCAUCUCCUAAUGGAGAUACAAUGCAGCGAAUCGCCUCGUAUUUCGCUGAGUCUCUUGCUGAUAGGAUUUUGAGAUCUUGGAAUGGGAUUUAUAAGGCGUUGAAUUCGACUAAGUUGAGGGUUGUAUCUGAGGAUAUUCUUGUGAAGAAGAUGUUUUUUGAGUACUUUCCGUUCUUGAAAGUAGCUUCUGUGAUCGCUAAUCAAGCGAUCAUAGAAGCUAUGGAAGGUGAAAAAAUGGUUCAUAUAGUUGAUCUUAAUGCUUCCGAACCCUUGCAGUGGCGUGCGCUCCUUCAGGAUUUGAGCGCACGCCCUGAAGGACCCCCGCAUUUGAGGAUUACGGGGGUCCAUCAACAAAAGCAAGUGUUGGAACAAAUAGCACAUGUUUUAACAGAAGAAGCUGAAAAGCUUGAUAUCCCUUUUCAGUUUCAUCAAGUAGUUAGUAAAUUGGAGAAUCUUGAUAUCGAAAAACUACGAGUUAAAACCGGAGAGGCGUUAGCUAUUAGUUCAGUUAUGCAAUUGCAUACUCUUCUUGCACAUGAUGAUGAACCCCAAAAGAAAUCCCCUUUGGGUUUUAAGCAUUUGAAUGGUCUUCACUUGCAAAGGGCAAUACUAAACCAAAACACUUUAGGGGAUUUGCUCGAAAAAGAGACGACUACUAAUGUUUUUAGUCCAGGCAAUGAAUCAGCAUCCUCAUCUCCGCUAUCUUCAACUGCAUCAACGAAGAUGGACGGAUUCCUCCACGCAUUGUGGGGGUUGUCACCAAAGGUCAUGGUGGUUACAGAACAAGACUCGAAUCAUAACGGUACAACCCUUAUGGAAAGGCUAUCCGAGUCGUUGUAUUUUUAUGCUGCAUUGUUUGAUUGUCUCGAAUUCACACUACAGAGAACAUCGUUAGAGAGGUUAAAGGUCGAGAAAAUGCUGUUUGGCGAGGAGAUUAAGAACAUUGUAGCGUGUGAGGGAGGUGAACGGAAGGAGAGACACGAAAAGUUGGAUAAAUGGUUUCAAAGAUUCGAUGGAGCUGGUUUCGCGAACGUGCCUUUGAGUUAUUACGCUAUGUUGCAGGCAAGGAGAUUGUUGCAGAGUUAUAGUUGUGAAGGAUACAAGAUUAAAGAGGAGAACGGUAGCGUGGUGAUCUGCUGGCAUGAUCGCGCGCUUUUCUCAGUGUCAGCUUGGAGAUGUAGGAGGUGAAAAGUUAGACAAGUUUACAAUUAACAAAGGGAUUUUACUUUGAAGUUGAACUCCGAAAAACACGUUUGGUUCAUCUUCCUAUUUUCCUUUUGUAAUGCACUUUGUAGGAGGGUACUUUUUGUGAAGUGAAAACUCAACUCUCAUGGAGAUUGUAAUCUUUUCUAAUUUACCCUUUCUUGAGGAUGUUAGGGUGGUGACUUUUUUUCAUUUUUUUAUAUAAAGUUCAUAAUUUUGUGUAUGACUUUAGUUCCAUAAG